AUGGUGAUGUAUGAUGAAGUGCAACAGUUGCACGAUGGACUAAACAAUGGAAUGGUGUUGAGGCUUGUGUUAUGCAAGGCUGAUGAGCUCACCCAGAAAAAUGGCUAUACCAAGAGAAGGUUGAAUCUUGAGAUGGUCAGGAGGUCAAUAGAUCUAGUUCCUGAGCCACGAGUUGAACCUCAUGGAAUGGUUAGGGGACUGAGAGGUCUAGUUCUUGAGCUUGGGGAAGAAACCUCGUAUGGGAUGGCUUUGAGUAUGGCAUGGAACGCAGCAUGUGCAAAUAAUGGAGGUGGUCUGGUUUUAGUACCAGCAAUUGGGAGGUUCUUGGUUUUGCCAUUGUUGCUUCAAGGUCCUUGCAAUGGCUUCAUUCAAUUGCAGAUCGAUGGCGAUCUUUUGGCUUCCCCCGAUAAGGCUUUCGUUUCCGGUUACUAUUGGCUCCAAAUCCAUCAAGUCAACAACUUAGCCAUCCAUGGUCUAGGCCGCUUGGUCGGCCGAGGUCAAACUGCUUGGCCUUACAACACUUGCUCUACAGACGCAUCAUGCACUAGGCUUCCUAUCAAUUUGAUACUCCAAUCAGUCAACAUUGCAAGGAUCAGGAACAUAAAAUCCUUUCAUAGCAAAUCUUUCCAUUUCGCAUUGAAUGGGUGCAACGACGUCUUGUUUGAUAACGUUACAGUGAUUGCACCAUCAGAUAGUCCCAACACGGACGGAAUCCAUAUUUCCAUGUCUACAGGUAUCACCAUUCAAAACUCGUUGAUUGCCACUGGAGAUGAUUGCAUCUCCUUGGGUCCUGGAAGCCAUACCGUUAACAUAACCAAUGUCCAUUGCGGUCCUGGCCAUGGAAUAAGCAUUGGUAGUCUCGGAAGAUAUCCGAAUGAAUCAGAUGUUUCUGGAAUCACAGUGAGAGACACCAAGUUCUAUGGCACAAUGAAUGGUGUCAGGAUCAAAACAUGGUCGUCAUCGUAUCAAAGUGUGCUUAGCAACGUCGCGUUUUUGAAUCUCGAAAUGCAUAAUGUCAAUAAUCCUAUUGUCAUCGACCAAAACUAUUGCCCCCACAAUGCUUGCCAACAAACCAAAGUGAGUGAAUCAAGGGUACAAAUUAAAGAUGUCAAGUAUGAAGAUAUAAGAGGAAGUUCAAGCAUCCAAGCAGCGGCAUUAAGUAGCACAUGGAGUGAAGCUUGUGAAAAUAGUGGAGGUGAUGCGGUUUUAAUACCAACACAAAGGAGGUUCUUAGUUUUUCCUUUGUUGCUUCAAGGUCCAUGCCAUAGCUUCAUUCGUAUACAGCUUAAUGCUGAAUUGUUGGCUCUCGCCGAUAGGCAUUUUUCCACUGAAAACUACUAG